AUGCCUUUGGAACCGCUCUGGGAUGUUCUGGCACCAGCAUUGGCCCUGAGCGUCGGGUCGCAGCUGGGUGUCUUCGGCGUUCAGCUGACGCUGGGCAUGACUUUCGCUGAACCAUUGCUGCUGUUGCUCUUCCCCGGGCUUUUGAAGCUGCUGGAGGAGUGCAACCACCGGCUGCUUGCCUGGCACCUCGGCGGAAUUUUCGGCCAGCCCAUGCUGGUUGCGCAGGUAGCCGUCGCCAGGGCGGAGAGGCAUGAGGGCCGCGGCUGCGUCAAAGCCUUCGGCUUGCUCGUCGGUGCGUACUCCUUGGGUGCUGUCACCGGAGCCGGGCUGCGGGGCCUGGCACACAGCCUGCCUCCCUUUCUGCGCAAGGUCCUCCUGAAGCUCAUUGUCAUCAAGCUAGUGAUGCUGAAUAUGUUUGCCGUUUGGUUCAACGGCGAGAAGCUUGGCGAGCACCACGAACAUGCUGGCCAUGAGGAGCACCCAGCACCGUUCUACCAGAGACAGAAGCAGUCGAAGAUGUGGCAGCAAAUCAAAGCAUUCGUUGGGACGGAGCUGGAGCGGCUUCUCCGCAGCUGUACGGAGUGCGCCUCGCAUCUGGCUGCGAGAUCUGCUGCACUUCUCAGUCUAACAUUGAUUAUGGGCCCGGCGCCCCUACCCGCUGUGGAUUUCUUUGCGUACACACCGUUUCACAAGGGCUUUGCCGUGUUUUGGUUCGACGUGGUGGGGGUUGUCUCCUACGCCGUCGUCGUUCCACUCUUGGACGAGGCCUGGAAGGACGAAGCCCGGCGCAGCAAAUGUUUGGACUGGUUCUUCUUGCCUUCCCUUGCGCUGAGCGCCACAGCUGCUGCAUCGGCCUUGUUGGAGCUGACGUCCACCCUCAAUGUUGCCUUGACUGCGGGCUUGGCUGCUGGGUGCUGCAGCGCGGUGGUGGGAGCGCUGGUCUCUGCAGACAUGUCAGAACAGGCCCCCCAUCUGGCAGAUGUUGGCAUGCGCUUGGCCUGGGGCCUUCUCUUCGGAGGCAUUGCCCAGUUUCUGGGAUCACAACUGGGAGAGUGGCUGUUCCUCCACAGCGCCUGGCUCGGCGUUAGCAUCUGCUCCUUCGCUGCCCUGCUGGCUGCCCGGCACUACACCCAUAAGGCCUUGGACGUGGCCGGAGCUCCGGCUUUUCGGCCGGCGCCGGCUCCGCCACUCUCGGCCACGACUCCGCUCCUGACCUCCCAGGGUGGUCAUGGUAGGGUUUAG